UCUAGUCUUUAGGAGUACGUUAUGUUGAAACGGCAUAGAAAAGGAAGCGAUCAGCUUUGGAGGGACUAAAAUCUCAGUUCUAUAAUAUCUUAAAGGGAUUGCCACAAACAAAGUAUUUCUGAACAACACUAAGAAAAAGUUUUCGACUUCUCUUUUGGAUUUUUAUCAAUGUGGUUUUGAAACAGGUUUUCCGCACAGAUCGACGUACCGCUCAAGGACUUACAGGGACCGACCAGCGGGUUUUAAUGUCGUAGUUUAAAAGAAGACGAAGAAAACGAGACAACAAACCCAUUUAUAUAUAUAACUAAGUGACCAUGUCCAUGCUUCCAACAUUUGGCUUUACGCAAGAACAAGUCGCGUGCGUCUGCGAGGUCCUUCAACAAGGAGGCAAUAUUGAACGACUCGGACGCUUUCUGUGGUCCCUACCUGCAUGCGAACACCUUCACAAGAAUGAAAGCGUCCUAAAAGCGAAGGCAGUGGUAGCUUUUCACAGGGGCAAUUUCAGAGAGCUUUACAAAAUCCUGGAGAGCCACCAGUUUUCGCCUCACAACCACCCCAAAUUGCAGCAGCUCUGGCUGAAAGCGCACUACAUCGAAGCGGAGAAACUGAGGGGCCGCCCUCUUGGGGCUGUGGGGAAGUACCGUGUCCGCAGAAAGUUCCCUUUGCCCCGGUCUAUCUGGGACGGCGAGGAGACCAGUUAUUGCUUUAAGGAAAAGAGCCGGAGCGUUCUGAGGGAGUGGUACACUCACAAUCCGUACCCUUCUCCUCGGGAAAAGAGGGAGUUAGCGGAGGCUACAGGAUUGACUACAACUCAAGUAAGCAACUGGUUCAAAAACAGGAGGCAAAGGGACCGCGCCGCUGAGGCCAAGGAGAGGGAAAAUAACGAGAACUCGAACUCUAACAGCCAUAAUCCAUUGACUUCUUCCAUGAAUGGAAAUAAAACAGUUUUGGGGAGCUCGGACGACGAUAAAACUCCUUCGGGGACCCCCGAUCACACCUCCUCAAGUCCGGCUUUGCUUCUAACCUCAAACUCCGGGCUUCCACCUCUGCACGGCCUUGCGCCGCCACCGGGUCCUAGUGCAAUUCCGGUACCCAACACAGACCCUGUGCACCAUCACACUUUACACGACACUAUACUCAACCCAAUGUCGUCCAACCUGGUCGACCUCGGCUCUUAAAACCCCAGGAUCCUAUUUUUAAAGACUCUAAAGAGAAAGGGACGAAUUUUUAUUCUCUUCUGACACUUAAGUGAUGUACAAAAAAACAUUAGUGGAUAUUUUGUCAUCCCGGGAGAGGUGAGAUGGUAGGAGUUUUUAAAGGUAUUGUAUUAGAAUGUAAUAACAAGCUAUAUAUGACAUUUGGGGGAGUCUUACUAUUUUUUGAUCAGGACUGAUUUCAAUAGAUCAGUUUUCACCCAGUCGGUCUACCCCUAACCCCCUAUCCAUAUGUUUACAUACUGCAGAUUUUCAAAAAUGCCAUGAGUUUUAUUUUGUACGGGGUUUAAUACUGGACAUUUUAUGAUGAGGAAGCCAGUCUAUGAAGCAAGAAUUAUAAUCUUUUUUCCUUGUAUAUUAUUUUGGAAACCUACUGCAUGUAAACAUUGCGAAUAAUAAAAAAAAUCGAUCCCAUCAUAGUUUCAUAUUUAUAUGCCAUUUACAAUAAAACCAAACAUUUGAACUUA